GGCGGCGGCCGGGCCAUGGCCCCUCAGCAGCCCCGGCCCGGGCCCUACGGGCUUUCCGCUGCCGGUGGCGGCUCCGAGGCCCUCAUGCUGGGGGACGGCCCCGGCGGAGGACCCCGCUGGGAAGGGGGGGGGAAGCGGCGGAGGCGGCGGUGCUGCGGGCCGCUGUGGGGCAGCGUGGCCGUCAUGGCCAUCGUCGCCUUGCAGAUCGCCUCCACCACCGGCCUCUUCGUCUACUUCACCAUGGCCAUCUCCAAGCUCAAAGCCCAGUCACAAGGGAGCCUGGAGGAGCUGAGGUGCCUGCAGCUCAUCAACCAGCAGCAGGAGGGCUCCAACCUGGAGGAGCUGAUCAGCGACCAGUCUUGCCUCAAGCUGGCCAACACCAUCAAAGCCUACGUGGCCGUGGUGACGGAGAACAUGGCCCACAGGAGCGUGAAGGAGGCGCAGAAGAGCUACUUCAAUACCUCGGAGGGACAGGUUCCUCCCAAAACACCUGGCAAACCCUCAGCACAUCUCACCCUCCGCCCGCAGAGCCUGGCCCUGGAUGGGAUCUCCAAGCGCUUCGGGAACCUCUCCCAGUCCUGCCGCCACGCCAUCGCUCGCUGGGAGGACGGCACCAUCCACUCCCACCUGCAGAACAUCACCUACCGGGACGGCCGGCUGCGGGUCAACCAGGCGGGCAAGUACUACGUCUACUCCCAGAUCUACUUUCGCUACCCCAGCGAGGGGGCCAGCACCCGCCUCUCCGGCCCCCAGCUCGUGCAGUGCAUCAACUGGAAGACGUCCUACAGCCAGCCCAUCCUCCUGCUCAAAGGGGUCGGCACCAAGUGCUGGGCACCCGAGGCAGACUACGGCCUCCACGCUCUCUACCAGGGGGGACUGUUUGACCUCAAGGCCGGCGAUGAGCUCUUUGUCUCGGUCUCCUCGCUGGCUAUUGAUUACAACGACGCAGCAGCCAGCUAUUUCGGGGCCUUCCGGCUCGACCUGUGACUGCCUCCUCAUCCUCACGCCUCCCCUGUGCCCCUGCCGUGUCGACUCUUCUGUGCGGCCCAGGGCAGCAGCUGUUAUUUGAGCUGCUGCUGAAUGGAGAGCCCCUCCUGGUCCCGUUGCCUUCACUUGUAUGGGACAGCAGCCACAUGGCCGGGGGGCCUGGCGCAGCGUCGUACCCUGCGUGUCUGCUGGAGCUGGGUGAGGCUGCAAGAGCCACACCACCAGUGUACCUUGUAACCACCCCCCCGACCCUCCACAGAGCAGAGGCACAGGGUCACAGCCACAAAUGUGAGACCGGUUCUCCCUGUGGAAGGACAACCAACCCCCUGCAACUCUGCAUCCACGUUUGGCACAGGCAGGCCCAGCAAACCAGGCUGCGAGGCUCCGGGACCCUGAGCUGGAGGCGUUUGGGGCAGAAGUCAGGAUUAGCAGAGAGCAGUGGCACGGUGAGCACUGCUCCGGGGCUGCCCGCCGCCCUGACAGCCUGAAGGCACAGGGCAGCUCCAGCACCCACUUCCAGAAAGCAGCAAAGGAGUUUCAUUUCAGGCUAGUUAGCAACCUGGGCCAGUGCCAGCUAUCAGUUUCUGAGGAGCCAAAGAGCAGGGCACAGAGCUGGACUAAUUACCAGCACAAACAACCACACCCAGGCACGUGGCAGAGACGCGCACCUUGCCUCGGUGGAUUAGACGUCCUCAAUGGCACCGCAUCCACAGAGCCCAGGGCACAGCACGUCUUGCUCAGCAUCUUCUCUCCACCUCCAAAUAGAUGUGAAUGCAUCACACCGAGAGUGCCACACCACCAGGAGCCCAGGGAAGCCCGUCAGAAGAGCAGAAAGCUGGGGGAGCUUCAGCCCCUGGCCCCCUGGCCUGGUCCUCAGCAGCUGGCACAAGCACCAGCACCCGCAGACCCCCUCAGGUGCUUCUUCGUGGCCCACCCAAACCCCUGACAGUGCUGAGGAGAUGCUGAACCCCCAGAUCAGCUGCUCCUUGGGAACAGCCUGGCCUGGGGCAGCUCCCCAUGAGCCUUGUGUGAGAGCAGCGUGCUGCACAGAGGGGUGCCCAGCCCCCUGAUGCUAAGCUGUGCUGCAAAUGAGCUGGUCCAGCCUGCGGGACACGGUGCAGCUCAGACGGACAGUGCCAAGCCAAGGUGCUUCUGACCUUUGGGUUUUGUUCCUCCCAGCCCUGUUGGGCCAGCACAGCUGCUCUCCUGCUCACACCAUGAGCCUUCACGGUUGUUACCCUCCACAAUUUCAGCUCAGGCCAUGCUUGAGCCCAGGCAGCAGCAGCAUGGAGCCGAGCACGGACAAGACCAAACCCCCGUUGUUAAACCCCCAGGAUGUGACGGACACAAAAGACGUGUUGAAGCAGAGCAUGAUAGAGCUGGCUUGGGCACUGGGGUGGACGCAGCCCACUUUUGUAAUUACUUGUGUACUCUGUAUCAUAUUAAGACUGUUGGCGUGCAAGUUGUUCUGCACGGACAGGCCAGCGGCACAGACUCCCACAAAGGAUGCAAGUACCCCUGCUGCCAGCACAGCUCUGGGGUGGGGGUCUCGGUGCCUGUUUAAAUAAAUCCUGUACUCCAGCA